AUGGAUCCUGAAAAAGAAUGCGACCAUGAAACAGUCGAAGAUGUCAAGUCUCAAUCUUCAAUACCAGAGCUGGAUCGCUCAGCGGAGAAACGACUGCUCUGGAAACUUGACAUCCACGUUGUUCCGAUUCUUAUGUUCCUUUUCUUGCUUGCCUUCCUUGACCGGAUCAAUAUUGGAAAUGCCCGACUCCAAGGUUUAGAGAAAGAUCUGGGUUGCAUUUAUCUGAUUGCUAUGUAUUACAAGCGUCAUGAAUUGCAGUGGCGAUUGAAUGUCUUCUUCAGUGCUAGCAUUCUGGCUGGCGCAGUUAGUGGACUUCUCGCCUAUGCUAUCGCCCAGAUGGAUGGUGUGGCAGGAUUUAGCGGCUGGCGCUGGAUUUUCAUCAUAGAAGGUCUAGUUACGGUCAUUGCUGCUAUUGUUGCCAAGUUCCUUAUUGUGGAUUGGCCAGAGAAAGCAUCGUUUUUGAAUGACCAAGAGCGAGCUCUGCUGCUUCAGAGACUAUCGGAUGACCAUGGAGAGGCGCAAAUGAACCGCUUCGACAAGCCAGCAAUCAAGCGUACAUUCUCGGAUAUCAAGCUUUAUCUGGGGCCGAUCAUGUACUUUGGUAUUGUAAACACUGGCUACGCUUCGUCCUUUUUCACCCCAACAAUUCUCAAACAACUCGGCUGGACAUCCGUUCGAGCCCAAGUCAUGAGUAUCCCAAUUUACAUCGUCGCGACAGUGAUCGCACUAGCCACAGCCUUCGCAAGCGAUCGACUGCGCCAUCGAUUCGCAUUUACAUUGACAGGCUGUAUCAUCGCCACAAUUGGGUAUGUGAUUUUGAUCUGCCAGAAGUCAGUGCCCGUUGGUGCCCGAUAUUUUGCCCUGUAUGCCAUCACCGGCGGAGGAUACAUGACACAGCCAAUUUUAAUGGGCUGGCUUAGCAACAACAUGGCUGGGCAUUAUAAGCAAUCGAUUGCGUCGGCUAUGCAGAUCGGAUUUGGUAAUUGUGGCGGUCUGGUUGCCAGCAAUGUCUUUUUUGAUUCGGAGGCUCCAACCUAUGCUACUGGUUUCGGUGUGAGUUUGGGUAUGGUGUGGAUUUGUGGUCUGGCGUGUGUUGUCUUCUUCACUUAUUUGCACCGUGAGAAUCGUCUCCGUGAGCAGGGUAAGAGGGAUCAUCGAUACCAGUGGCCGCGGGAGGAGCUGGAGAAUCUUGGAGAUGACCAUCCUAGUUUCAGGUUUACUUAUUGA